UUUGCGUUCGUCUGAACGCUUCAGUAAAAUGGCUGUGUCUCUCGGAGCCUCGUGCUGGUUUGGUCGGUAUCUUGCUGAUACUCUCGUUCUGUAACAGAAAGCCUACCCACAUUUUCUGUCGGGUAAAUUAAUUCCCUGGAUUCUUAUUUAUAUACUUCCAGUAACUUUCCAGUCGAAUCGGAGACGGGAGUGGAUGCCGGAUUCGGUCCGGAGGUAGGGGGAAUGAUCCGGGACACGGGUACAUUGUUAUAAAUAAUUGUAUUUAUGUUCAAUGCUAUUUAGAGAGCUCGAUUGUGAGUGACUCGCUGUGAGAGAGGCAGAUAGGGAUAUCAUGGCCGCGCAGGUCGCUAGCGUCGCCAUUCUCAACACUAGCCCUCCAUCCGAACUUAAAAAGCCGGAUCGGGACCCACUGGAGGAGUCGGUACCGGGAGAGAAACAACAUGAAAAUAAGGAACCUGGAUCUGACAACGGAUCUCCGGGCCAGAAGGAUCUGCAGGACGGGGCCGAUGCUGGAAAUGUAGGGGGAGGAGGGGAGCCUGACAUGAAGAACGGGAACUCGUCCAGGGUGAAUAAUAAUAACAACCAAAAUGAUACGGGGGGGCCGGAGGGGAAUAACCACCCCGGGAUGGGCCAUCACCACCAGGGCUCAUUCCCUCCACCUCCUUACGGGUACAACCAGCACUACAGCCGGGGCUCUUUUCAUCAACAUGGCGGACAACAAAGCCCUGGCAUGGCAGCUGCAGCGGGGCCGGCAGUGCAGUCAGGCAACAUGAUGGACCCAUACCCGCCCAACUCACAAGACCACGGCUUCCCCAACCAUUUUAACAACUACAGCCCCUUCCCGAACCGGACUUCUUAUCAGGGCCAAGGAUACGCCAUGAAUUCCCCGCGUAAUAACCAGCCCCCGGCGGCUGGGGGGCAGCCAGGCAAGCAACAGCCAGCAGGCGGAACUACAGCCAUGGCUGCCUCGUACAAUAAUCAGAGGUAUAACAUGGGAAACACACAGCCCACGUCUACCCCGACAUUAAAUCAGCUCCUAACGUCUCCCAGCUCUACGAGGAGCUACCAGAAUUACCCACAAGGAGACUAUAGUAACCAGGAAGGGGCUGGCAAGGGAGCAGCAGAUAUGGCCAGCAGUCAGUAUGGUGGGGGUCAUCCUGGUUGGCAACAAAGGAGCCACCAGCCGCCUCCUAUGAGCCCAGGGAACACGGGACAACCUCUGAACAGAAACCAGCCCCCCAGCCCUAUGGACCAUGUAGGGAAGAUGCGGGGCUCGGGGUACGGUGGAGCCAACCCCUACUCCCAGCAGCAAGGCCAGGGGCAGGGCCCUCCUCCUCCAGGGGCCCAACAGGGUGCCUCCUACUCAGGCCAGGGCUAUGGACCCCCGGGGCCUCAAAGGUAUCCUAUGGGCAUGCAGGGACGCACCCCCACCGGCAUGGCUGGCAUGCAAUACGGACAACAGAUGGCCGGCUUUGGGCAGCAGGGUCCAGGGGGCUUCGGUCAGCAGAGCCAGGGCUACUACAGCCAGCACGGCCCCCCACCACACGCUGGCCAGCAGCAGGCCCCCUACCCCCAGCAGGUCCACCCCUCCCAGGGCCAAGGGCCUCCGCAAGGGGGUCCACCCCAGGCACAGCCACCCUACAACCAGGGACCAACCCAGCCCCCGCAGCAGCCGGGGCCCCAGCAGGGCCAGUCCGGGCCCAGCUACCCUCAGCAGCAAGGACCCCCGGGGCAGCAGCCUCCACAGCAGCAACCCCCCUCGCAGCAGCAAGGACCCCCGCAGCAGCAGCAAGAUAGGGCGGCCCCUCCACAGGCCCAGCCACUCCCAGGCCAUCAACAACCCCCAGUCCACCAGCCACCCCCCGGCCACCAAUCCUCUCCGGGCCCCCAGGGCCAACACCCAUCUCCAAGUCACAGUGGACCCCCACAGCAGCAGGGUCAGUCUCAGCAGGGCCAGCCCUCACCCUACUCCCAGACCCCACCCCUGCAGCAGCAGGGUCAGUCUCAGCAGGGCCAGCCCUCACCCUACUCCCAGACCCCACCCCUGCAGCAGCAGUCGCCCUUCCAUGGGUUUCCACCUCCGCCACAGGAGCUCUCCCAGGACUCGUUCAGCUCCCAGUCCAGUGCUCCCCCCUCCAACCAGCCCACGACUUCCAACAAGAGUGGCACAGAGGACAGCAUGCAGGGACGGCCUUCUAGUUUACCAGACCUCUCUGGUUCCAUAGAUGACCUGCCGACGGGUACAGAGGGGGCUCUGAGUCCGGGGGUCAGCACGUCGGGGGUGUCCAGUAGCCAGGGGGAACAGAGUAACCCCGCCCAGUCACCCUUCUCCCCUCACACCUCGCCCCACUUGCCUGGCAUCCGCGGGCCCUCCCCCUCCCCCGUGGGCUCCCCUGCCAGCGUCACCCCCUCGCGCUCCGGGCCCCUCUCACCUGCUGCUGUGCCAGGUAACCAGAUGCCUCCCCGGCCGCCCAGCGUCCAUUCAGACGGCAUUCUCCACACAUCCAUGGGCCAGUCAGCCAUGGGCCAGGACAGGGUGUACAUGCGUAACCCCCAGAUGCCUCCCCACGGGUCGCCGCAGCAACCUGGCUCCGCCUUAUCCCCUCGCCAGUCAUCGGGAGGCCAGAUGCUUCCUGGGAUGGGGCCCUACCCUCAGAACAACUCCAUGGGGAACUACGGCCCUCAGGGUGGACAGUACGGACCACAAGGUUACCCCAGACAGCCUGGCUACAGUGGCAUGCCCAACGCCAACUACCCUGGUGGUCCGGGGGGCAUGCCAGGCCAGGCUGGUGGGGCGCCGUAUGCAGGCAUGCCCCCUGGCAGGAUGGGCCCGGGUCAGAUGGCUGCCCGCCCCUACGGCCCCGGGAUGGGCCCCAACAUGGGCCCCGGCAUGCCUCCACAGGUGACCUCUGGGAUGUGCCCCCCUCCAGGCAUGAACAGGAAGGGCCCCGGGGGCCCUCCAGAUGUAGCCUCUACCAUGCAUCACGGAGCCAACUCUAUACUCAACAGGCCUCCAGGUUACCCCCCCAAUAUGCCCCAGGGGAUGAUGGGAGCAGGGCCUCCGUAUGGCCCUGGGCCGGGGGCCAUCAACAGCAUGCAAGGUAUGAUGAACCAGGGAGGACCUUACGGAGGAGGGCCAAUGGGAGGGAACAUGGCCAACAACACACCUGGCAUGGCUCCUAGCCCUGAGUUUGGCAUCGAUGUCAAACUGAACCCAGCCCAGAAGAUGAACAACAAGCUGGACGGCACGUCCAAACCAGAAACCAAGAAGGUAAAGAAGAAGUCAAACUCUUCGACGACAACCAAUGAGAAGAUAACUCGUCUGUAUGAGCUGGGUCCGGAGCCGGAGAGGAGGACGUGGGUAGACCGGUACCUGGCGUUCGCUGAGGAGAAGGCCACGGGCAUGACCAACCUUCCCGCCGUGGGACGCAAACCUCUGGACCUCUUCAGACUUUACGUCUCGGUCAAAGAGAUCGGCGGCCUCACACAGGUGAACAAGAAUAAGAAGUGGAGGGAGUUGUCCACCAACCUGAACGUGGGCACGUCCAGCAGCGCCGCCAGCUCUCUGAAGAAGCAGUACAUCCAGUGUCUGUACGCCUUCGAGUGCAAGAUCGAACGUGGCGAGGACCCGCCCCCGGAUCUCUUCAUCGACGCCAAAAAGACCACCCAGCCCAAGAUCCAGCCCCCCAGCCCAGCUGGGUCUGGAUCUCUGCAGGGCCCCCAGACCCCCCAGUCCACCAGUAGUUCCAUGGCGGAGGGGGGAGACCUGAAGCCCCCCACGCCAGCCUCCACCCCUCACAGCCAGAUGCCCCCAAUGCCCGUCAGGCUGCAGGACCCGUUUGCAGAUGGGGGUGACCCAGCAUUUGCCAGACGGAACUCCAUGACCCCCAACAGCUACCAGCCUGGGAUGGGAGGCCCGGAGAUGAUGGGUCACAUGGGGCCCUACGAAUCCAACAAGGACCCCUUUGGUGGCAUGAGGAAAGCUGGAGAGCAAUUCAUGACUCCAGGGCCGGGCUCUAACAGUGGUAUGGAGGGGCAGUUCAACAGAGGCCCCCCAGGCCCCAACAUGCAGAUGGGUCCGAGACAACAGUACCCCUACGGACCUGGAUAUGACAGGAGACAGGAGCCAGGGAUGGGUCCUGAUGGCAGUAUGGGUCCUGGGGCCCCCCAGCCCAACCUGAUGCCUUCAGGGGCCGACUCGGGGAUGUACUCCCCUAGCCGACCCCCACCGCAGCAACGUCAUGAUUCCUAUGGUAAUCAGUAUCCUGGUCAAGGAGUGCCACCUGGUGGCCCCUACCCCAAUCAGCAGCCAGGAAUGUUUCCACAGCAACAACCCAACUACAAGCGUCCUCCAGUGGACGGGGCCUACGGUCCCCCAGCCAAGCGUCACGAGGGGGAUGGGAUGUACAAUGUCCCCUUCAGUGGUCAGCAGCCAGGGCCCCAGCCCUCCGGGGGCCCCCAGGUCCAACAAGACAUGUACAAUCAGUACAACGCAGGCUACCCCGGCUCUGACCGCCGACCACCUGGCCCCCAGGGCCAGUUCCCUUUCCCCUUCGGCCGAGACCGGGGGCCCUCCAGCGGGGUCCCCAACUCCCAGUCCUCCUUGCCUCCCCAAAUGAUGGGCAGCCCUAUGCAGGCAGCCCCUGACGGCCCCCAGGGCCCCAUGUGGCAGGGACGCAAUGAGAUGGGUUACCCCAACUACCCGAAUCGCCAGGGGCCUCCAGGACCUGGCCAGGGGCCCCCCCAGGGGUACCACGGCAUGAACCGCUCUGAGGAGAUGAUGCCAGGGGCUGACCAGCGGAUGAACCAUGAGAGCCAGUGGCCUGGACACCCCAGCCAGAGGCAGUCCCCCUACGGGCCGGGGGGCUCGGGGCCCCCCAUGUCCAGACCCCUGCAGUCCAACUAUCAGAGUUCCCAGAACCAUAUUUCCCAGGUGUCCAGCCCCGCCCCCAUGCCCCGCCCCAUGGAAAGCCGGACGUCCCCCUCCAAGUCUCCAUACAUGCACUCAGGCAUCAAGAUGCAGAAGGCGGGGCCCCCUGUGCCCGCGUCCCACAUAGGCCAGGCCCCCGUGCAGCCACCCCUCAUCAGGCGGGACAUAUCCUUCCCCCCAGGGUCAGUGGAGGCCUCCCAACCCAUCCUCAAACCCCGAGGACGACUCACCAUGAAAGACAUCGGCACCCCAGAGGCCUGGAGAGUGAUGAUGUCUCUGAAGUCAGGCUUACUAGCAGAGAGCACGUGGGCCUUGGACACCAUUAAUAUUUUACUCUACGAUGACAACAGCAUUUCUACUUUCAACCUCUGCCAGCUGCCUGGGUUCCUGGAGCUGGUUGUGGAGUAUUUCAGACGCUGCCUCAUCCAGAUCUUUGGCAUCCUGAAGGAGUAUGAGGUGGGAGACCCUGGCCAGCGGACACUCACCGACCCGUAUGCUGCCGACGAGGACUGGUCUGACGAAGAGCUGCCCGAGCAGGAGGACAUGGAGGAGGAAGAGGACGAAGAGGAGGACGACGAGAGGAAGAGCAACGCAGACACCACCACCUCGUCGCAGCAGGUCCAGGUGAAAAAGGAGGAGGAAGAGGAGAAAUCCACGCCUGAGAAGUCGACAGCGGAGGAGGAGGAGAGGGAAGGAGGGGAGUCUUCUUCCACCUCCUCGCCCCCCCAGAACCUCAGCCUCCUACAAGAGAAACCCAAACAGGCCAGUAAGUUUGACAAGCUGCCCAUCAAGAUGGUGCGUAAGAAAGACCCCUUCCCUGGGGGCCGUUCCAGUAAGCUAGGCCGGCGGCAGAGCUUUGACAGCGGACUGAUCCACUGGAGCAUCGGCGGGGGGGACACCACGGAACACAUCCAGACACACUUCGAGAGCCGGUCCGACCUCCUCAAGCAGAGGAAGCAGGUGCUGCCAUCGGCCGCCGAGAGUAGAAAGGUCGCCGUGCCCCCGACGGUGUCAGAGAACCCAGAGGAGACUACUAAGCCUGGCAAGGAAGAGCAGACCACCAAGACCUCCACCCCGACCACGCCCGCCCCGGUCACCGCCACCAUCGACGACGUCCUGUCGGCCCGGCCGGGCUCGGUGACGGAGGAGGCGGUGCGAGGAGCAGCCGAGGAGCAGAAGGAGAACAGGGGACGGUUCCUGUACUCCCUCCGCCAGGCGCAGCAGAGCCGACGCAACAUCACCAUCCUGGAGGACGAGCCUCACAGCAAGGACGAGACCGCGCUGAGCACACUGUCGGACUGGCAGGACGCCCUGGCUCACCGCUGUGUCUGCGUCUCCAACAUCGUCCGCUCGCUGUCCUUCAUCCCCGGCAACGACCUGGAGAUGUCCAAACACCCAGGGCUGCUACUACUGCUGGGCAGUCUGGUCCUGCUCCACCACCGUCACCCAGAGAGGAAACAGGCCCCCGUCACCUACGAGAAGGAGAAGGAGGAGGACGAGGACGAGAGGAUGAGCUGUGAGAGGGACGAGUGGUGGUGGGACUGUCUGGAGGUCCUCAGGGAGAACUGCCUGGUCACUCUGGCUAACAUCUCCGGCCAGUUGGACUUGUCCAUCUACCCAGAGAGCAUCUGUCUGCCCCUGCUGGACGGCCUGCUUCAUUGGGCUGUUUGUCCUUCGGCCGAGGCCCUGGACCCCUUUCCCAUGCUGGGGCCCCACGGGGCCCUAUCCCCCCAGAGACUGGUGCUGGAGACCCUCAGCAAGCUGAGCAUCCAGGACAACAACGUGGACCUUAUCCUGGCCACGCCUCCAUUCAGCCGGCUGGAGAAGCUGUACGGGACGCUGGUGCGUCUGGUCGGGGAGAGGAAGGUGGCUGUCUGCAGGGAGAUGUCUGUGGUCUUACUGGCCAACCUGGCCCAGGGGGACAGCAUGGCGGCCAGGGCCAUCGCCGUGCAGAAAGCCAGCGUAGGUAACCUCCUGGGCUUCCUGGAGGACAGUCUAGCAGCCACGCAGUACCAGCAGAGCCAGAGUUCCCUGAUGCACCUACAGGGGGCGCACUUUGAGCCCACUAGCGUAGACAUGAUGCGGCGAGCGGCCCGCGCCCUGCACGCCAUGGCUAAGGUGGAGGAGAACCACUCAGAGUUCACCCUGUACGAGUCCCGCUUACUGGACAUCUCUGUCUCACCACUCAUGAACUCUCUGGUGUCCCAUGUGAUCUGUGACGUACUCUUUCUGAUUGGCCAGUCAUGACAGCAGUGGGGGCUUCAGCUUGGCUUUCUCUUUCUGUUCCCCCGCUCCAUUCUCCCCCCCCCCUUUUCUUUUUGUGUGUGUCUGUUGAGUGUGAGUGGAAGAGAGAACUAAGAGCAAAACUGACUGUCCUUUUUUUAAUUUAUGCAAAAUCACCUCGGAUUCCACUGUCUACCCUUUCUAUCCCCUGGUUCUCACUAAAGGACGGAUUUAAGUAGCGGUGGAGUUAAUCAUUCUGGAAUACGGAAACUGACGUGAUAAGACCGAUCAGAUGGGACCCUGGGAUGGAUGUAGGGGAGGGAGUGAGGGAGCUGCCCUGCGGCAAACAACUUUUUUUAAUGAAAAUAUAGAAGAAAACAUAACUGUAACCAAAAUUGCUGUCUCGUUUCUAGUGAGUUUUGGGGUAUAUACCCAGGUUCUCCUCCCUUGGGUUUGGCAGGGGGGUGAGCAAGGCGGGCAUGGACGGGGGAAAACCUGUUUCUAGUUAAUGUACGGUGAACCAGACUCCUGGACUGGUUUGGUAUACUGCUGUAUAUACUCAGCCCUACAUGACCCAGGUUAUCAGCUGUGAACAGACAGACACGUCUUCAACGGGGAGGCCUGUGCAGUAGAUUGUAGGACUUCUGUACUGUACACCUUAAAAACAACCGUAAACAUACUGUAAUGAUACUGUUUCACACUGAGAUACGCUGGCUUGGCAGCAAGCUGUCGUUUUUGAAAAUGAUUUCAGUUAAAUGUUGAACUGAGAGAGAUGACACAAGGCUUUCCCCCCAAAGUAUCGUGAACCUUACAACACCCCGACCUCUUCUCUGUCCCUCGAUUGUAUGACUUGACCCUUAUGAAAGAAGCCACCUCUUAGGACUGCUCCUCUGCUGUCCCGACUGCAGUGUAUAUAUGAUGUUGUACAUUACACCUCUCUCCCUUUCUCUCGAACCCUUCUGUUGAGCUUCACCAUUUUUAAUCUUCGACGAAUUAAGGUUACACUCAAGUGGAAAUUCGCCAUGGGAUUACCUAACCUUUUGACCCCUCACCCCCGACCCACCCGCCUGUCUCUCGCUACAGGGACUCCGCUGCUGCGACUCCCUCGCAAUGCCCCCCCCGCACCCCCACACACACCCCUGCGACACACACAGAUCAAUUUGUCUCCAGUACCCCUGAGACUAACAUGACUGAAACCACGUCUGCUACAGUUCCAUUUCAGCUCCUACAUAAACAACAAAGCAAGACCCCUGAUGAAGAAAUAAACCGUUUUGAAUUUUGUUUUUCCAGUGAUAUGGAUUCUGCAUAUUUGUAUUUCAGACAAUGUAGCUAAAGACUUGAUGUAAAUUCACAUCUUUUUCCCUUUUCUUUUGGCUUAAUGAAUAUAAUUUCUUCAAUAUGAAAUCUUUAUACUAUAUGUUCCAUGUGUUAAGAAUAAAUGUACAUUAAAUCUUCGUAAGACGUUUGAUGGAUUUAUUUAUUAUGGACUUUUGAAGGCGUCUGUUAUUGGUGGAGCUGCAGUCAUACCACCAAGGGUGUAUUCACAAGUAACCAAACGGACGCAAACGGGCUGAAACCAGGCAGGAACGAGCUGAACUGAAACACUCGUUUCGGUAAACGUUUUGCCACUACGUCUUGUGGAUGUAGUCAAGUUGACA